AUGCACCCACGUCUCUCACAGUCGGAUGCUCUAUUAGCUGCUAGCUUAGCGUUGUUCACUCUGUGCUUUAAACAAAGCACGCCAGAGGAGGACCUGAGACAAGGCUAUUUGUCUCCACAUAUCAAUCAACCUUAAAUCUCGUUGGUCUAUAAGAUACCUGCGAUGGCGGACAAGGAAGCAGGUGCAUUUGAUGAUGCAGUUGAAGAGAGGGUGAUCAAUGAGGAGUACAAGAUCUGGAAGAAAAACACUCCCUUCCUGUACGACCUGGUUAUGACCCAUGCCUUAGAGUGGCCCAGUCUUACUGCUCAGUGGCUGCCUGACGUCUCCAGGCCAGAAGGGAAGGAUUACAGUGUGCACCGGCUGGUGUUGGGCACUCACACAUCUGAUGAGCAGAAUCACCUGGUCAUUGCCAGCGUCCAGCUGCCCAAUGAUGAUGCCCAGUUUGACGCCUCACAUUAUGACAGCGAGAAAGGAGAGUUUGGAGGUUUUGGCUCCGUAAGCGGAAAGAUCGAGAUAGAAAUCAAGAUCAGCCAUGAAGGAGAGGUGAAUCGUGCCCGCUAUAUGCCCCAGAACCCUUGCAUCAUCGCCACCAAGACCCCCACCUCAGAUGUGCUGGUGUUUGACUACACCAAACACCCCUCCAAGCCAGAUGCUUCUGGAGAGUGCCGCCCUGAUCUGCGUCUCAGAGGCCAUCAGAAAGAAGGCUAUGGUCUCUCCUGGAAUCCCAAUUUGUCUGGCUCACUACUCAGUGCUUCAGAUGACCAUACCGUCUGUCUGUGGGACAUAAGUGCUGUGCCAAAGGAGGGGAAGAUCGUCGAUGCAAAGACUAUCUUCACAGGUCACACUGCUGUGGUUGAAGAUGUUUCCUGGCACUUGCUACACGAGUCACUCUUUGGAUCUGUAGCAGAUGACCAGAAGCUUAUGAUUUGGGACACUCGUUCAAACAACACCUCCAAACCCAGCCAUGCAGUAGACGCCCACACAGCAGAGGUCAACUGUUUGUCAUUUAACCCUUAUAGCGAGUUUAUACUUGCCUCUGGAUCUGCAGACAAGACUGUGGCUCUUUGGGACUUGAGAAACUUGAAACUGAAGCUGCAUUCCUUCGAGUCACACAAGGACGAGAUCUUCCAGGUUCAGUGGUCACCCCAUAAUGAGACCAUAUUGGCAUCCAGUGGAACAGACCGUCGACUGAACGUCUGGGACCUCAG